AUGGGGAACAAGUCCAAAGCUGUCCGGGCACAUCUUGCAAAUCUCUCCAGAGCUGGAAAAAAAUCCCUGAAGGCAACUGUUGAAGAUAUUUCUAACUCCGAGGAUGCAGAUUACACUCCUCCAAAUCUUGAUGACCAUAAUGACACGGAAACCAAGGGCUCGGAAGUGAGUGAAGAUGAAGAAGCUGAUAUCAAGGAUGAUGCAGCAUUGCUCACCUUCAUCAAUGUAUUAUCAAUGGCUCAGGAGGCAGCCACAGAAGCAGAGAGAGCAAAAGCAAAGGGAAGCAAACAGCCAAAGACUUACACUGGCAACUCUAAAAUUGCAAAUGAGGGCUAUCAAGCAUUUAUUAGCAACUGGCUUGUUGCACAGAAGACAAACCUCCGAGUCAGUCAGACUGUGUCAGUGGUUGCAACAGCUUCUGUUGAGUCUGUGUCUGUAAUGGGCUCUGUAAAGAGUGCAAUAAAUCUGCAAGAAGAGGAAGAGGAAUCAGACUCGAGUGAACCCAGCAAGUCAGAGGGGGAAUUCCUACCAAAAGCAAUCACUGCCAAGCAGCAAAACCAAAUUGAGGAGAUGCUACGAGAUCUCCGGAAUGGACAGCGCCCCCGUGAUGAUGGUCAAGAGACACUCACGGACAUUACACUCACACACUGA